AUGUUGCCAUCCACCAGCCACCCACCAGCCAACCACCAGUCAACCACCAACCAACCACCAGCCAUCCACCAGUCAACCACCAGCCAACCACCAGUCAACCACCAGCCAACCACCAGCCAUCCACCGGCCAACCACCAGCCAACCACCAGUCAACCACCAACCAACCACCAGCCAUCCACCAGUCAACCACCAGCCAACCACCAGCCAACCACCAGCCAUCCACCAGCCAACCACCAGACAACCACCAUCCAACCACCAGACAACUUCCAGUCAACCACCAGACAACCACCGGACAACAACAAACCAACUACCAGCCAACAACAAACCAACCACCAGCCAACCACCAGCAAACCCGUUUCAAACGUCCCGUCCACAACCGAAUGA